AUGGACUGCCCAUGUGAUGGAUUUGGCCGUGUUUCCUACCAACGGAUUUGUCAAAGUUUGACGUCGUCCGGAAGGCCCUCGAAAUUCAAAACCUUCGAGUUGCCUGUUUUGCAACGUCCUCAGAGGUUAAUGACCUACCGUAGAUCGUCUGGAUUAAUGUUCGUCGUCAUGACCGUUACGGUAGGUGAGAAAAAAGUGUAUGAGAAAGGAGGAGACAUUUUUGGCUGUGGCUCAGUUGUCUCUGACUGCUCCAAAACCCUGAUGGUUCCCUCAAAAUCAGAUUAUUUUCGUUGUAUUGUAGCUUAACCUAGACGUACUCGAAUUUCGAGUUUGUCAUUUUGAUUGAUGAAAGAAAUGAAAACGCGCUAGUCUUUACAGAUAGGUUGAGAAAUGAGAGGGGCAACAAAAAAGAGUGAAAAAAACGAAACGAGAUUGAAACCAGCGAAAGGCGGACGCAGCGUUAAUUAAAACAUGUCGAGAGUCUGUGGAAUAGCCGAUUUGUGCCUGGAAAUGACGAAAUUAUUUCUGUUUUUCUGUUUUCGAAUAGCAUGCGAUUCAGGUUUUAGUGACAAGCUUUCGCCGUACGUUUUGAAAACUAAAGAACCUGUAGAUCCAUUAAACUUAUAACGAUAAGAAAAACAUUCACAAGUUGGAAUGGCUUUCACAGCGACCGACAGGCGCCAGAAAACUAGAAAAAUCUAUCAAACCAGAGUUUACUCAAAAAACUCGCCAAAAGUGGGCUAACGUGGCGCCAAAACGGCAAAAAGUGAACAUAGCGGGUCUAUUGGCUUUUGACGAAAUGAGAGACCACAAGACUUUAUUUUAUUGCCACCAUCUGGCGCUAAAGGUGAAAGCUUCACGGUUAUUUGUAGCACUUUAGUUGGAGACAAAUCAAAGUUGAAAUAUUUCAAAACAGGAGACGACGGACUGGGAUGUUUCAAUCCGAAUUGGAAUGAGGAACCUUUUGUGCGGGAAACGUUCAGGAGACACGUCCUGCGAGCUAUAUUGUGCGUGAAAAAUCGCUUUAUUCCCGGUCGCUUUGUGGGUUUUUCGUCGCGAUUCGAGGCGAAUAUCGCCGUUUUCGCGGUUUGAAUUGCUGUAGGAAAUUUUAAGAGGCGUUGGUUCGCGAGUUAGAAGUGACGGGGUUAGAAAAGAAAUAAGACCAAAACGGCAAAGGAACUGCAAAUGUUACGUAUAAACAGCGUAUCAGCGAAGAAAAACGAAUUCAGAUAGAUUUAAGGCCAAGGAGAAAACAUUUGAAUAUUAUAAAGAAGAACCAGAAGUGAAGGAUGAAGAAGGAGGGAGACGACGGCCAAUUCUCGAAUGAGGAUAGCUGGUCCUGA